AUGGCGAUUUUACCAGAAAACUCUUCAAAUUUGGAUCUUACUAUCUCUGUUCCAGGCUUGUCUUCCUCUCCUCCGUCCGAUGAAGGAAGUGGUGGAGGGAGAGAACAUCUAAAGCUAGACAUGAACCGAUUGCCUUCGUCUGAAGACGGUGCAGAAGUUGACGGAGACGAUGAAGAAUUCAGUCACGGUGGCUCUGCUCCGCCGCGAAAGAAACUCCGGCUAACCAGAGAACAGUCUCGUCUUCUUGAAGAUAGCUUUAGACAAAAUCAUACCCUUAAUCCCAAACAAAAGGAAGCACUUGCAAAGCAUUUGAUGCUACGGCCAAGACAAAUUGAAGUUUGGUUUCAAAACCGUAGAGCAAGGAGCAAAUUGAAGCAAACGGAGAUGGAAUGCGAAUAUCUGAAAAGGUGGUUUGGUUCAUUAACCGAGCAGAACCACAGGCUCCAUAGAGAAGUAGAAGAGCUUAGAGCCAUGAAGGUUGGCCCACCCACGGUGACUUCCGCCUCGAGCCUCACCAUGUGUCCUCGCUGCGAGCGAGUCACCACUUCUGCGAGCCCCUCCAUGGUGGUUCCGGCCAGGAAAACGCUUCCGCCGCAAGAGCAUGAGCAUUGA